AUGGGAAGUUCUGUCGCUGUAGAUUCGGCGUAUGACAUCCAAAUCAGGGAAAAAUCUGUGACUUCACAUAUCCGGAGACGUGAAGUAACACGAUACAUCCGAACACAAAUGGAGAUCUUCUUCAGAGGAAGGAAUACUAAUGCAAAACCUCUCUGUCAAGAUCUGCUGGACUGGUACAAAAGAGAAACGAGGAAGAUACCUCGAAACUCCUAUCUUCGUCUCGACGAGCCAAAAAUAAAUAUGAAAGAAUUUGCAAUUCCAACCGGAGAAAGGUCCGAUGGCAUGAAUCCGCACCGAUUUUUCCUAGUGUGUCGUUCGCUCCUACCGUCGCGUCGCUUCAUCCGAUGGAAAAAG